GCAGACGGCAACAAUGGCGCAUGUUACAGCAUCUCCUAUGGAGCGUUCUUGGAAAAUCACUGAGGAAUACCACAUCGAUGAAGAUGUGGGCUUCGCUCUGCCAAAUCCACUGGAAAAGCUACCUGAUGAUUAUAAUGCCUGGAUGGUCAUUGCUGAGCACCUGCCUGCUCUGAUUGAGACCGGUCAACUCCGAGCAGAAGUUGAGAAGUUACCGAUGCUCAGCAUUGAUGACCUGCGAGGGCACAAACUGCAGCGCCUGGCGCAUCUGGUGCUGGGGUACAUCACCAUGGCAUAUGUGUGGAACAAAGGUGACGGAGAUGUCCGCAAGAUCUUGCCAAGAAAUAUUGCUAUUCCUUACUGCAAACUCUCUGAGAAGCUGGGACUCCCUCCUAUUCUCGUAUAUGCAGACUGUGUCUUGGCAAACUGGAAGAAAAAGGAUCCCAAUGGGCCCAUGACUUAUGAGAAUAUGGACAUUUUGUUCUCGUUUCCUGGUGGGAACUGCGGUAAAGGAUUCUUCCUGGUUUCUCUAUUGGUGGAAAUAGCAGCUGCUUCUGCAAUCAAAGUAAUUCCCAUUAUAUUCAGUGCAGUGCAGCACCAGGACCAGGAUACUUUGCAAAAGGCGCUGCUUGAUAUAGUUUCUUCCCUGAAGAAAGCUCUUGAAGCGUUUCACCAAAUCCAUGAACACGUGGACCCAAAACUGUUUUUCAAUGUUCUUCGCAUAUACUUGUCUGGCUGGAAAGGCAACCCCCAGCUGUCAGAGGGUCUGCUCUAUGAGGGGGUCUGGGACACCCCGAGGAAGUUCGCAGGGGGCAGUGCCGCCCAAAGCAGCAUCUUUCAGUGCUUCGAUGUCCUGCUGGGCAUCCAGCAGAGCGCUGGCGGAGAAUCCGCUGCUGAGUUCCUCCAGGAUAUGAGAACAUACAUGCCACCAGCUCACCAGGACUUUCUUCGCUCAAUAGAGUCGGGUCCAUCAGUCCGUGAAUUUGUCCUGCAGAAAGGUGGUGCCGACCUGCAGAAGGCGUAUGACGAGUGUGUGAAAGCUCUGGUCUCCCUGAGGAGCUACCAUUUGCAAAUAGUGACCAAGUACAUCGUGAUUCCUGCAAGGCUGCAGCCCAAGGAAAGCAAGAAGUCUGAAGGGCCCUCAGGGCUGGAAAACAAAGGAACUGGUGGCACGGAUAUCAUGAACUUCCUAAAGACUGUGAGAAGUACGACACAGAAAUCCCUUUUGAAGGAAGGAAGGUUAAUGUAACCAAGCAAGGAUACAUUUUACCAAAGCAAACACAUCUGCGUAUGUUCUGUCACUGCUCGUUGUAUCAGACCCCUGCAUUAACAAUGCGCAAUACUUCAUCUGUAACACACUAUCAAAGACUUCAACAGAAAUUUUUUCUGAUAUCUGUGCACUCCUUGUAGGAAAACAAAAGAUAAUUAUAUAAGAAUGCAAAAAAUUAAUAUUAGAAGCAUUAUAAGCUAUAUUAUGCCAUUGGAAGAUAAUGAUGAAAUUCAAUAAA